AUGGCUUUAAGGAUACUCAACUUGACCACAAGUUCAUCCGGAUGUGAAAGAAAUUGGAGUGUUUUUGAACAAGUAGAUGCAAAGAGGAGAAAUAAACUAGAUAUCCGCUGUAGAGAUGAUCUAGUUUAUAUUCAAUUCAAUGGAAGAAUGAUGGUCAAGAGAAAGAGGUUUGAGUCGUCUUGUGAUGUUCUCCUUGGUGAAGAUGCUUACAUGGCACAAGAUUGGAUAUGUGAAGGAGCUUACAAAGAUGAGGAGGUUGAUCCAAUUUUGAGGCUUCCAUACUCCAAUAGUGAUGAUGCACUGGGAGGUAGCGAAGCUAUGAAACCUCGUAGAAGUGCAAGAGUGAGAGAACUCCAUGAGGUGGAAGAGUUUGUUUCCGAUGAAGGGGAAGAACAAUUGGUUUUCAAUGAGGAUGAGAUAGAGUUUGAGUCCGAUGAUGAUGAUGGGGUGCUAGAGACCAAGGACAAUGAAGAUGAGGAGGAGCCGAUUGAGUCUUGGAUCUUGGGCCUUUAA